GACUGAACUCCACCCACGCCGCGUCACGAUCAACCUUUCACAGGUGUCACAUCCACUCUCCUUCCACUUUCCCAGUCAUGAAAACUUGAAUCUCACACAAACACAAAACCACACACACACACACACACACACACACACACACACACACUCCUUCAGUCUGUCAUUUCCUGGAUCCAGCGUGUCCUGGCUGCUGUGGAAACUUUCAUCAGAGUGUUUCUGAAGGGAGGAGGGGGAGCUGUGGGAGCUGUGGGAGCCUCCAGCAGCCUCACACACACGGAUCAAGUCCCCCGGCUCGGAGCUCCAGGAUGUCGGCCGUGAAGGCUCUGCAGCAGUGGUGCCGGAUCCAGUGUGACGGGUACCGGGAUGUGGCUAUCACCAACAUGACCACGUCGUUCAGGGACGGCAUGGCUUUCUGCGCUCUCAUCCACAAGUACAGACCCGAUCUCAUCAACUACGAUUCUCUGAAGAAGGAAAAUGUCUAUGACAACAACAAACUGGCGUUCAGUGUUGCAGAGGAGGAGUUGGGAAUUCCAGCGUUGUUGGAUGCAGAAGACAUGGUGGCUCUUAGAGUUCCUGACCGCCUCAGUAUCCUGACAUAUGUCUCCCAGUACUACAACUACUUCCAUGGACGCUCCCCAAUUGGUGGUUUGGGAGGUAUUAAACGCCCUGCUGAAGCCCCCACAGGGGAACCAUCAGGGAAGAAGAACCAACCGGUGAUGGCUAAGGUGUUUCCCUCUUCGAAACCUACCAGAGAGAACAGCCCUCCCCCCUCCGCCAACAUCACACGGCCGGCUCCUUCCCCGAAACAAACCAAAAAACAGGAUGUUCCUGUUGCGAAACCUCAUCAGACAGGCACCCUGAGUAACAAAUGUGUGUCCUGCAAUAAGCACGUUCACCUGGUGCAGCGACAGCUAGUGGAAGGGAAGCUCUAUCACAGGCACUGUGCAAAGGCCCUGAUGCCGUCAAACACACUGCUACCUUUCAGAGAUUUACCCACAAACACUUCUGCAUCAAAAUACACUCCCCAACCAGACACCACCAAAACCAGCACAACCACUCUCACCCCCUCCAGACCAGGACCAGCAUGGCUGUCGGAGAAACCCAGCACUCCGUCUACCUUCUCCAGCACGAUCUCUUCUUUCACACCUUCCAAAACGUCUUCAAGUCCUUCUCCUGCUGUGAGAGAGACUCAGACGUCUUUUGUUGUACCGAAACCCACACCUGCAAAGACUACCUGGGAAUCUUCGACCACCUCUAUGGACACCAAGCCAACUCCUGCUCCUCGUUCCUCAACCACGGCGGCAAAGACUCUGCAGUCCAAGCGCAUGUUUUUCCAAUCGGAUGACACCGCAAAGGACGAGGACAAAAAGACCACAACCACAAACACUGACGUUAAAAAAGAUACGAAAGUGACAGAGAAAGCGAACGCCGCUGACGAGAAAGACAAAAAGACAACAGGCAUAAACUUUGACUUGAAAAAAGACACAAAAGUGUCAGAGAAAGCUAACACUGCCAACGACAAAGAGAAAAAGACUGGAUUCAUUAACUUUGACUUCAAAAAAGACACUAAAGUGACAGAGAAAGCUAACGACAAAGAAAAAAAGACUGAAGCCAUUAUCACUGACGUCAAAAAAGAUACGAAAGUGACUGAGAAAACCAACGUUGCUAACAACAAAGAAAAAAAGACUCCAUUCAUUAACUUUGGCCUGAAAAAAGACACAAAAGUAACUGAGAAAGCUAACGACAAAGAAAAAGAGACUACAGUCAAAAACUUUGACUUAAAAAAAGACACAAAAGUAACUGAGAAAGCGAACACUGCUAACGACAAAGAAAAAAAGACAACAGGCAUAAACUUUGACUUAAAAAAGGAUACAAUAGUGACAGAGAAAGCUAACGACAAAGAAAAAAAGACUCCAUUCAUUAACUUUGGCCUAAAAAAAGACACAAAAGUAACUGAGAAAGCUAACUCAGGUAACGACAAAGAAAAAGAGACUACAGCCAAAAACUUUGACUUCAAAAAAGAUACAAAAGUGACUGACAAAUCGAACGCGGCGAACGACAAAGAGAAAAAGACAACAACCAUAAACUUUGACAUUAAAAAAGAUACAAAUGUGACUGAGAAGGUCCCUGACGCCUCACCUGGUCAGGCUGUCACUGUGGUUGUAAAUAUUGGUGGUCUUGGCAAUAAAGACACAAAUGUAAGCUUGAGCACAGGCGGGGAGAAGGCCAAAACGUCUGCAGGUGGAGAUUCAGGGAAAGUAAGUGAGAGCAGUACGACGAAAUCUUCAGCAGCUGCCUUUAUAUCUAAAAAACUGACCGAGGAGAACAACAAUAACAACAGUAAGCCAUCAUGGACGACUGUAGCACUGAAGAAAACUGAUAAACCCUCUGAAGUGGAGACUCCAAAGAAGGAGCCGGAGAAAGUCAGAGGGAGAGUGAAGCUGAGAGUUGACCGAUCAAUCCUCGCUGAUCUGGAGACUCCAGACCCUCCAGCCUCAGCAGGAGCCAGCAGGACUGGACUCAGAGCCAAAAGUCCAGAGAAUCGGGGCUCAAAACCCAGCAGCGUCUCUCCAAACAGAUCAGCAACAGAAAACGAGUCUCCUGCAGACUGGAGGUCAAAACUGAAGCCUGUAUCCAAGCCAGCUGGUCCCCCACAGUCCUCUCCCAAGCUUAACGUCAGACCUGCUCCCUCCCCUCCUGUCCUCACCCCGGGCAUCGCUGUCACUCCACCAGCAUCAAAGGGAUUCCUGAAUGGACAGAAAGACCCAACUACAAAUGGCUCCCAAUCAGACACAAAGAUUGUCAAGACUAAGCCAGACUACAUUGAGAAAGACGAGAUCAUAAAGGAGCUGCAGUUCAUCGAGGAUAGUCUGAACGAGCUGGAGAGGAGGGGAGUGGAGCUGGAAGUGAAGCUUCGCAGCAGUGAGGAGGACGGUGAAGAUGACUCUCUCAUGGAUGAGCACAUGGUCGAGUGGUUCAACUUGAUCAGGAACAAGCAGGUGGCCAUGCGCCGGGAGUCUGAGCUGGUCUACAUUGGAAAAACUCAGGACCUGGAGGAGCAGCAGCCCAGUGUGGAGCAGGAGCUCAGGAGCCUGAUGGAGAUACCAGAACGUCGGAAAACAUUGCGGGACCGGAAGAGGGAGGCGGAGCUGAUGGACAAACUGGUGGAGAUCGUCAAUGACAGAAACGCUAUCGUUGAUGUUCUGGAUGAGGACAGAAUCAGGGAGGAAGAGGAGGACGAAGAGCUGAACAAGAUGAUGGAGACUUUCAGCAAAAAGAAAGACAAACCCAAGAAGAAGUCUCCGAUGUCCAAACUGUUCAACUGGGGAAACAAGAAGGAGGAAUGAUGCUCCGCAGAAACACAGCGCUGCUACUUCUCACUUUGAUGUUUCUUUUACUGCUCUUGUUGUAGUCUUAAUGUCAGCGUACUCAGCCUGUGAUUCAGGGGAUAACACAAGAGACUCUGUGUGUGUGCGUCCGUGUGUGUGUGUAUGUGUGUGAGUAUGUGUGUUCCUGUAUGUAUGUGUAAUCUGUCAUUUUAAGCACUUAUAGUAGAAUGCCCUCCCUCUGUCGACUGCAUCAAUCAAGAUCUGACAUUCCUCCUGCCUGCGAGUGCCACACACACACACACACACACACACACACACACACACACACACACACACACACACACACACACACACACACACACACACACACACACACGGGAAGAUGAUGUUGAGGGGUUAAUGACUCACCAGCAGUGAUGUGAUUGGGUUCAGUGCUCCAGUUGUUAGCUUUAAUACCCUUCUAGUCUUAAUCUGUCUACUUAACGCUGUCAAACACACACCCACAUCCACACACACACCCACACACACUUAUAUAUACACACACACACUCCAGAUGCUAAUACAAGUUGAAGCACAGAGGUCAGACAGCUGUUUUGUGCUCUCUGGUCAUGUCUUAGUCCACAUUACAAAUCUCCAGUGACUCCGACGAACUUCAGGGUCUGUGUCCGACCCUGUUGUUGUAAAUUUCUCUUUUUUAAUCUGAAAGUUCUCUGUGUGUGUGUGUGUCGCUUUUCUGUCAAAUACAGGUCUAAUUCAGCUUAAUGCGACCACUGCCCUUUAAGAAGGCCACAUGUUUGUGUUUUUUGUAGGAGCAACCUUUGAACUAGAGGUUUGUAUCUGGGAUUACAGAGUCAUGUGAGGGUUCACAGGCAAACAAAAAGAAGAGAAACGUUAAUUCAUUGCAAACAAUUCCACUUCUUUUCAGAUUCUCCUCUAAUCCCAACCCUUAAAGAGCUUGAGGUGGAUUAUAAAAGGGCAUGGCUUUGUUUUAAGAAAGAAUAAGCUGGAUACCUCCUCUGCAGAAAUGCUCUCAUUGUUGCUUACACUCUGAUUGUAAAGGAAAUGGCCUCAAAGGUUCACGUACUGAUAAUUAAAAGCUUCCACCUGCACAUUCAGGUCUUAACUCAGCGACGCACUCCUGUAGAAAUUAAGCUAAAUACGUUUAUUGGAAAACUCCACAUUAUCAAUAAGUGUUCCUUUGAGCUCAGAUUAUCUGCUUAGCAUGCAAGUUGAUUUAUUUCCAGUCAUAAUAACUCCUCUUAUAUAUUUUUAACGCUCAGAUUUGUUGGUUUAGGUUUUCUAUUUGUAUUAACUUCACAUUUGAGUCUUACUCUGCCGCAGAUCAAAGUAUUUUCUGUUCCAAACAGAUGAGUGAGUCUGUUUUCGUGGCGCAGGCUCUAAACUAAACACUGCCUUGAUGUUUGUGAGUCUUUCAAAUACGAGAGCUGGUCCAUAUUGGAUCUGGAUUUGUACAUGUUUAAUUAUUUUUUAGCUUACUGAAUAAAUGACGUUGUAAUCUUCUUCCUCUUUAAGUUGUUAUUUGAGAUCACCGAAAGCAGACUUUUAUUUUGUAAUAUUUGUGAUGUGACAGAACUACUCCCAUUUUAAAAAGUAGUAGCCAGUAGGAACAACAUGUAAUGCGACUUUGUACAUAAGCUUAUGUCUUUGUAAUUGUUUCAUAACUCAGCUGUAUAUUGUUGUAUAAAGUCAUAUUACUCAUGGACGUAGAGGUCUGGAUUUAGGAAAAAAUGCUUUAAUAUAAGGACUACAAUUUAAUAAAAAUAUGAUAACA